GCGAGACCCGGGCGCCCGUUGCUCGGAGACCGCGGCGCCGGCGGCAGCCGCCAUGGGCCCCAAGAAGAAAGCCGUGAGGAAGGCGCAGGGCGGCCGGGCCGGCGCGGCGGCGGACACGGUGGCGCCGGGGGAGAUGAGCAAGCAGCAGCUGGAGCAGCACGUGGCACGGCUCCGGCAGGAGCUGGACCGGGAGCGGGAAGAGCGCAACUACUUCCAGCUGGAGCGUGACAAGAUACACGGCUUCUGGGAGGUGACGCGGCGGCUGCUGGAGGAGAAGCGAGCGGAGCUGCGCUGCAAGGACAGGGAGAUGGAGGAGGCGGAGGAGCGGCACCAAGUAGAGAUCAAGGUGUACAAGCAGAAGGUGAAGCACCUGCUGUACGAGCACCAGGAGAACGUGACGGAGCUGAAGGCAGAGGGCACGCUGUCCGUGGCACGGGCCCAGAGGGAUCACUGGGCCCAGGAGAUGGAGCUGCAGAAGGACCUGCGCUCCUUGAAGGUGGAGCUGAAGGAGCAGGAGGUGGCCAACGAGGUGGCAGUGAAAAACAUGCGCCUGAAACAAGAGGAGGAGAUCAGCCGGCUCUGCAAUGACUUUGAGAGACAGCUGAAAGAGAUGGAGGCCAAGUACACCCAGAAGACACAGGCAGUGCGGGACCAGCUCGACCUGCGGAGGAAGACUGAGAUCCACGAGGUGGAGGAGAGGAAGAACAACCAGAUCAGUGAGCUGAUGAGGAACCACGAGAAGGCCUUCAAUGACAUCAAGAACUACUACAAUGAUAUCACCCUCAAAAACCUGGAACUCAUCAGCUUGCUGAAGGAGCAGAUUCAGGAGAUGAAGAAGAGAGAGAAUCAGUUGGAAAAGGAGAAGGCAGAUGUGCUGCUCCAGAACAAGCAGCUGAAGGAGCCCCUGCAGCAGGCCCAGGAGGAGGUGUCUGAGCUGCAGAAGAAGCUGACCCACUAUGACAAGGAUAAGGAGGCUCUGCUGAACACAAAAACUCGUCUGAAAGUCACCCAGAAGGAACUGAAGGAUCUGCAGUGGGAACAUGAAGUGCUGCAGCAGAGGUUCAGCAAGGUGCAGAAGGAGCGGGACGAGCUGUACCACAGGUUCACCACAGCCAUUAACGAGGUGCAGCAGAAAACAGGCUUCAAGAACCUGCUGCUGGAGCGCAAGCUCAAAGGGCUCCUCAGCGUGCUGGAGAAGAAGGAGGUGGAGCUGAGCCAGGUCCUGGCAGCCUCCAACCUCCACCCGGACGCCCUCUCCUUGGUCUCGCAGAAGCUGGAGGGCGUGCUCCAGUCCAAGAAUGCCACCAUCGAGAACCUGCAGCUGCAGCUGGGCCGGGCCUGCAAGGCACACCAGGACAUGCUGCAGACCUUGGAGGCAAAGCUGACGGCCUUUGGCAUCCCCCUGGACAACCUGGGCUUCAAGCCCCUGGGCAGCCCCGUGCCAGGACAGCUGCUGGGGCAGGGCCCCGCUGGCCUCGUCUCGGCACCCACCUGACGCAGCCACCGCCGAGGGACCCGCGGGAAGGGCUGUGCUCUGGGGCUGCUCCCAGCCAUUAAACACACCUCCAUCAGCUCUG